CCAAUACCAGGCAGGUAGUUUCCCCAUGGUAAUAUAUAUACUUCAACAGUCGAUCUCUCUACUCUGAUCGAUGCGGAUGCCUAUGGUAUUAAUCAAGCUAUCGAUCAUCUUCUUCCAUGGCUACCUCUCAACCGAGUUUUAGUUAUGAUGUUUUUUUAAGUUUCCGGGGUGCCGACACUCGCAAGGGAAUCACAGAUCAUCUCUAUACAGCCUUGAAGCAAGCAUGUAUCCGUACUUUCCGGGAUGAUGAUGGAAUGGAGAGAGGAAAGCUGCUGAAGCCAGAGCUAAAUAAAGCCAUCCAAGAGUCUGCAAUUUCAGUCAUUGUCUUCUCAGAAGGCUUUGCAUUCUCCAAGUGGUGUCUCGAUGAGGUUAUGAUGAUUAUGUACGAACAUGAGACUUCAUCCUCUAGACAUGAAGUGGUACCCGUGUUCUAUAAUGUGGACCCAUCUGAUGUUCGAAAUCAAACAGGAAGCUUUGCAGAAGCAUUUUAUGUGUAUGAUUAUGAAGUCAACGCAGAAACAAACCUUGAAAAGAAAAGAGAAUUGUUGGAGAAGGUGGGGACAUGGAGGGAUUCACUUAAAAAAGCUGCAACCUUCACAGGAAUAGUACUUACCCAUGGGUAUGAGGCCAAAUUCAUAAUCGACAUUGUGAAUGUUAUAAAAAAGAAAUUGGACUACAAGACCCUAUACGUUGAGGAGAAACUAUUGGGAAUAAAGGAGAAUGUUGAGGAGAUUGAAUCAUGGUUACAAGAUCCGUCACCUGAUGAAGUCAUCCUUCUGAUUGAUGGGAUGGGAGGCAUUGGGAAAACAACCAUAGCCAAAUGCAUAUAUAACUCAAACUCACGUUACUAUAAUCGUAGUUGCUUUCUUGCAAAUAUUAACGAGACAUCAAAUCAACCGGGUGGAUUGCUUCGCUUGCAAAGUCAGCUUCUUUCCACAAUUUUAAAUAGUGGAAAGGAGGAAACUAUAUGGAAUGUUGAUGAAGGAACCAAAAAGGUUGCAGAUGCCAUAAGCAACAAAGAGGUGCUUCUAAUCCUUGAUGAUGUUACAACAUUGCAACAGAUAGAUGCAUUACUAGGACCACAGAGGUUUUACCCUGGAAGUAAAGUGAUCAUAACAACCAGGCAUAAGUGGUUGAAAACUGGUUUCAAAGUUCAUCCUAAGAUCCAGUCUGUUAGAACCUUAUCUGCGGGUGAUGCUAUCGGGCUUUUUAGUUUCUAUGCAUUUCAUCAAGAUCAACCCACUGAACCCUAUGUUAUCCAAUCACAACUAUUUGUUAAUCGCUAUGAUGUAUGGGAAGAUACAAUGCGCAAACUGGAAGCAAUUCCCAAUCCUGAGAUUCAGAGAGUUCUACAAAUAAGCUACGAAACAUUGGCGGAUGAGAAUGAUAAAGAUUUAUUCUUGCAUGUUGCUUGUUUCUUUGAGGGUGAGGAAAAAGACUACAUUGUGAAAUUAUUGGGCCAAUGUGACCUAUACCCUGUAGUUGGGAUCAGGAAUCUAACAGAUAGAUGUCUACUGUAUGUUGAAUAUGGGAGAGUGAAGAUGCAUCGAUUAAUCAAGGAGAUGGGACGAGAAGUUGUUCGCCAGGAAUCACCAAAGAAUCCUGGGAAAAGAAGUAGACUGUGGCAUCAUCACGACUGUUUUAACGUGUUGAAGGACCAUGUUGGUACAGAUAAGGUAGAAGGAUUCAUGCUUGAUAUGCAAAAGAUCAAGGAAGGUAAACCAUCUUUACCUAUAAAGACGAAUAAUCCAGGGAAACGCAGUUUUCAAGAAUAUCUUGGCAAAACAAUGCAUGGAGAAGAAGCAGAUUUCAAAAUUGGUGCACUGGAAACUAUGAAGAACCUAAUGCUACUUCAACUAAACCAUGUAACAUUUUCUGGGAAAUGCAAGAAUUUGCCCAAAAAGCUACGAUUGUUGAGUUGGCCAGGAUUUUCUCUAAAAGCUAUACCAUGCGACAUUUCUUUAGAAAAGUUGGUGGUUCUUGACAUGAGUUACAGCAAAUUGAAGCGCGUUUGGGAUGACUUCAAGUUUAUUGGAACGUUAAAAAUCCUUAAUCUUAGCUAUUCAGUUGAGCUAAUCAAAACCCCUGACUUUGGUGGGCUCCCUGGUCUGGAGAGUUUGAUCCUGAAAGGUUGUGUACGUUUAAAGAAGGUUGAGGAAUCAAUUGCAUACCUGAAAGAACUAGUCUUGUUAGAUCUAACCAAUUGUAGAAGCUUAGGAGAGUUCCCAUGUUUACCUAGCUCCCUAGUAUCACUUCGAAUGUCUGGUUGCCAAAACCUUGGUGUUCUUAAACGAGUUCAAUGCUUGGAAUCAGUUUCGUCAUUUCCGGUUUUGCAGGAUGUGAAUUUAUCAUAUUGCAAUCUCUUGGAUAAUUCUUUCCCAAAUGAUUGGAGUAGUCUGGUCUCACUUGUGAAUGUGAAUAUAGAUGGCAACAAUGUAACUUCCUUACCAAAAUGUAUCCAAACCCUACCUGAAAUUCUAACGCUUAGUGUUGAAAGGUGUUCAAAAAUCCAAUCAAUUUUAAGUCUCCCAACAUCCGUCUUUGCAUUGUAUAUCAGCCACAAUGAGUCCUUGCAGAAAGUGAAUCUUUCACAAAAUUCAGGGAUCGUAGUGUCCCAUGUAAACUGUAAAAAUCUGUAUCACAUGGAGGGUCGUUACAACCUUCAAUCAAUCAAUAAAGUUGACAUGAAAAUUAUACGAUAUCUGGGGUUAGAACCAAAUGCAUUUCAAGGAAUGGAGUUGGGUAUUCAGGUGUUACAUGAAUUUGGUAUAUUCAGCACAUAUGUUCCAGAAAAACAGAUCCCUCCGUGCUUCAUGUAUAAAGAAAAGGGCCAACAAAUUUCAUUUAAGGACUAA